AUGGUACACCUUGUGGCUGUACCAGAGACAAUCACGGCAAGUGGCUGUGCUUGUGUCUUUAUUGACACCAUCUUCCGACUUCAUGGGUUGCCCCGUGAACUCGUAUCAGACAGAGAUCCACGAUUCACUGCUGAUUUCUGGCGUUCCGUGUUCAAAUCACUCGGAACGCGCUUGAAGAUGUCAACAUCUGAUCAUCCAGAGUCAGAUGGUCAGACGGAACGUGCCAAUCGUGUCCUUGAAGAGAUACUUCGAGGAUACGUACACUCCUUUAAGAGUUGGAGUGAGUUUUUGCCAAUGGUAGAGUUUGCCAUUAACAACUCGGUACAUGCGUCCACGACACAUACACCGUUUUACGUGAAGGGCUUGCGCCAUCCGCGUGUACCCACCUUACUAGAGUGUAAAUCUGGUUUAAGGGGGGGAGGGACUCGCGCGAGCAAAAACCGAAUUGGUUCACGCUCAUCACGCUCUGACGAAGAAGUCACUGCGUUUGAUGCCGAUAUCGAUAACAUCAAUAUCGAAGAAGAUGAUGCCAGUGAGAGUGCGGAAGCCCUCACUGAAGAAGAUGAUCCCAGUGAGAGUGCGGAAGCCCUCACUGAAGAAAAGGUUGAUGUUGCUGCAGUGCGCUCACAGCACACUGAAGCUAACGAGUCAUCAGAUGAGUUCAUACUGGCUCGUGAAACGGUAGUCCGUUUUGUGCAAGACUCCAUCGCCGAAGCGGUGGAUAAGCAAAAGCAAAACGCUGACAAGAAUGGAAGGGCAAACACUCUUUUAUUUAAUGAAGGUGACUGA